AUCUUUUGGUUUAAUCCAUCUUCUAUUGCACUUUAACAUAUAAUCCAAGUUAGCCACACUAAUAUUAUAAAAUGUCUUUACAUUCAUAAAAUGAGACACCCAUUUGAGUAUUAUAUCACCCUCAUAACAUCCAUCAAAAAGUGGUGUGUUAGCAACUUGCAAAAGAUCAAAAAAUUCCUUUGCAUCUCCAAUUGCCUCCUCAAAAAUUAGCUCUUCAUUGGCUUGUUCAUUCAUAUUAUAUUCUAUACCACGUGAAUUCAUUGCAUUUAUAACCAUCACUCUAAUUAGAUCAUUACCUGGUUCUUCCAUCACAAAGGGAGCUGCAUUAGAGGAUUCCCCCCAUUGAUGACUUUGUCGCUUUCGCAUUGGUUGCUUUCCGUAUGCAAGCUAGACUAUAUACCCAUUCAUAAAACCUUUUUUUGUCAAAUGACAUAGCAUAAUAACAUGACGAUGUCAUUUUUGGUUCAUACAUUUAGUGAACAGACACCUAAUUUGAUUUCUACUACAAAAUUCUAGAUUGAACUGAGAAAAUGCAUAAUCCAGAAAAGACUCCACACCAUUUUUUAAUUCAUCGAUAAAACAGCCAUUAUCAUCUAAACGAUGAUACAUCCAACCUUGAUCUCACAUCAUGGGUUGUGGCUAUUGCCACACCUAAACUUGUUAAUGCCAUAGCUUAUUUUACCCUCUAUAAUUUGUCACAUAGACUAUUUUACCCUCUAUAAUUUAUGCCACCUAAAAAUAAUAAAAUCGUUGUUUCAUUUAGAAAUCUCUAAAAAAAAAAAAAAAACUAAAGUUGAAUGGAGUCCACGUCAUGGUGCGUCUCCCUCUUGUUUCUUGGGCCAUGUUGUUUCUUCCUCUCUUAAUCUCCAUUUGUUUCACUCUUUGCCUCUAUUGUAAAUAUCCUUUUGCCCGGUUGCCCUUUUCCUUUCUUUAUGGCCAAUUGCUUUUAUUUUGACCUGGAAUUUGGCCUUUUUUUUUUUUUUUUGGUGCUGUUGGUCUCUAAUUUAGUUAUAUUUCCUCUCAAUUUUAGCACUGUCUUCCUAGAUCUAGUUUUUCUACUCAUCAUUUGCUUCUAUUUCAUCAAGUUUCACCAUAUUCAUCAUCUUUUUCAUCAAAACCUAGCCUCAUCGCGUCUCACCACUUCAAUUUGCUAAUUUUGUGUUUUGAAGCACUGGAUGAUGAAGGAAAAGAAAAAGAAAAACUAUUU